GAUGUCGCAGCAGCACGGCGAUGUAAGACCUCUCCACCAUUCUUCGCAAUCGGACAUCGACGAGAUUGAGAAUCUCAUGCAUUCGAGUCCGGCAACCGUGCUCCCUGCUCGGCCAACUAGUCCUCAACAACGAGCAUCCAUCCCUGUUUCCUCUUCUCCAUUCAUUCCUCCUCCUCAGAAUCAUCAUCAGCAGCAGAAGGCCAAUCUGACAGCGGUUCCAUCUCCACCGCCACCUCCUCCGCCUAGAUCAUUUGGAAACGAUCUACAGCCGAACACGUUGACGGAGCCGGUUUGGGAUACGCUGAUGAGAGAUCUGACAAGGAUUGUGAGCAAUUUGAAACUAGUUGUAUUUCCGAAUCCAUUUAGGGAAGAUCCAGGAAAGGCAUUGAGAGAUUGGGAUCUUUGGGGACCGUUCUUCUUUAUUGUGUUACUCGGACUGAUUUUGUCAUGGUCUGCAUCGAUCAAGAAGUCUGAGGUAUUUGCAGUUGCUUUUGCAUUGCUUGCAAUUGGUGCAGUGAUAUUGACGGCAAAUGUACUUCUUCUGGGAGGAAGGAUCAUAUUCUUUCAGAGUUUAUCUCUGCUUGGAUACUGUCUAUUCCCAUUGGAUGUUGGUGCUUUGAUCUGUAUGUUGAAAGACAAUGUGAUGAUGAAGUUGAUAGUGGUGAUUGUAACAUUAGGUUGGAGCUGUUGGGCUGCAUAUCCAUUCAUGAGUACAGCUCUUCAUCCAAGAAGGAAAGCUCUCGCUCUCUAUCCCGUCGUUCUCAUGUACGUUUCCGUCGCUUCUCUCAUCAUUGCAAUCGAUUGAUUGAUUCAUCCAAUUCUAUUUCAAUUUCAA